AGGCGUAAGGACGCGCACCCGGUCACGUGACUCGGGUAAAAGGGGAGCUUCUCUUGUGUGUGUGUGUGUGUGUAUGUGUGUGUAUAUGUGUGCGUAUGUGUGCGUGCGUGUGUUUACAUCAACGCGUUCACGCGCAGCUGCUGCGCCCAUGCUAAUGCUAGCCGCUCUGUAUAUGUUUCGUUUUCGUUUUCGCGUAAACCUCGACGCACAGCGACGCUAAACAACAACAGAAGGCUGUUGUGAUUAGAAGGAAGUGCGACAAACGCAGUAGUUUGUGUGUGUGUGUGUGUGUGUGUGUGUGUGUGUGUGUGUGUGUGUGUGUGUUUAAUCGGCGUCAUGGAGGAGCUGGCGGUGGAAGUGAGGGGCGCGAGCGGGGCUUUCUACAAGGCUUUCGUGAAGGACGUGCAUGAGAACACAGUCACUGUGACGUUUGAAAACAAUUGGCAGCCAGAGCGACAGAUCCCUUUUCAUGAUGUGCGGUUUCCUCCUCCUGCUGGGGUUCAGAAAGAGAUCACUGAGAGUGAUGAGGUUGAGGUCUACUCCAGGGCUAAUGACAAGGAACCGUGUGGCUGGUGGCAAGCCAAAGUGCGCAUGGUAAAAGGGGAGUUUUACGUCAUCGAGUACGCAGCCUGCGAUGCCACGCUCAACGAGAUCGUCACGUUAGAGAGGCUGCGGCCCGUGAACCCCAACAAAGCCACCACAAAGAACCCCUUCCUGAAAAUCAGACUGGACGUUCCAGAAGACCUGCGACAGAUCUGCGCAAAAGACUCGGCUCACAAAGAUUUCAAAAAAGCCGUGGGAGCAUUCAACGUCACAUAUGAUUCGGAUAAGAAGCAGCUAGUUAUUCUGUCAGUCAACGAGGUGACUGCUAAACGGGCAACCAUGAUGACGGACAUGCACUUCAGGAGCCUGCGCACCAAAAUGUCCCUCAUUCUAAGGAACGAAGAGGCCAGUAGGCAGCUGGAGAGCUCUCGGCAGUUAGCGUCAAGGUUCCAUGAGCAGUUUGUGGUGCGCGACGAUCUGAUGGGUUUGGCCAUCGGCACACACGGAGCCAACAUCCAACAGGCCCGCAAAGUUCCUGGAGUCACCAACAUCGACCUAGACGAGGAGACGUGCACCUUUCACAUCUAUGGAGAGGACCAGGAUGCUGUGCGCAAAGCCAGGAGCUACCUGGAGUUUUCAGAAGAUGUUAUCAGGGUACCCAGGAAUUUAGUAGGGAAAGUCAUUGGGAAGAGCGGGAAGCUGAUUCAGGAGGUCGUGGAUAAAUCUGGAGUCGUCCGAGUGAGAGUGGAACCAGAAAAUGAGAAGAAAUCAUCUCCGCUGGAGGAGGGCAUGGUGCCAUUUGUGUUUGUGGGGACAAAAGAAAGCAUCUCAAAUGCACGCUUACUGCUCGACUACCAUCUCAACUAUCUCAAGGAGGUGGAUCAGUUGCGGAUGGAGAGGCUGCAGAUCGAUGAACAGCUACGACAGAUCGGCGGAGGCCCCAGAGCUCCAUCAGGACGACCGGAGAAGGAAAAACCGUUCAGCUCUGAUAAUGGCAUGGGACAUUCCCGAGGGGGCAAGCCAUUCGGCCGUGGAGGGCGAGGAAGACGAGGGCCUACGUUUGCGUCAGGCACCAAUUCUGAAGCAUCCAAUGCAUCCGAGACUGAAUCAGACCACAGAGAUGAGCUAAGUGACUGGUCUCUGGCUCCCACCGAUGAAGAGUCUAUGGGAUACCCCAAACGAGUCCCAGACGGACGAAAGAGAGGCGGCGGUGGUGGCCGGGGCCGAGGGGGACGAGGAAGAGGAGGGGGAGGGGGAGGAGGAGGCUACAAAGGUGAGGACGUGCACUGGAGUGAGUCACGCCCCCGGAACUCCAGAGACUCCAAGCCGAGGCUGCAGGAGGACUCACUACAGAUUCGUGUCGACAGCAAUAACGAGAGGAGCGUCCACGCUAGCCGAGGCCCUCAGGGGCCCAGCGGCGACUCGACCGGCCCCCGACAGAGGAGCAUCAAGGAGCGAGGGAUAAAGAAAGAGAAGCAGGAAGGGCAAGACAGCCAGGUCGUCAUGAACGGCGUGUCGUAAUUGAAAAUCCCCCGUGUCUAAUCUCCCAAACAACUCCACCGUUCCAGAAGCUUCUUUCAUUAGAGACACAUUAGGCCAAAGAGAACCAGGUCAGUAGGGCUUAAAAAAAAAAAAAAAAAAAAAAACACGUGACAUCAAGCACAUUUUGUAACUGUUAACGGGGGGUACUAGACAAAAACGUCUCUGCUGUCUCUGAAUUUUGUAGUCUGCAUUGAUUAGAGGUGUCGGUCUCUAAAUCGAAAGUUUUGUAAUCGACUUUCUAGGCAACUAACAAAGAUGUGGGUGUAUUAAAAAAAAGUGUGUGUGUGUGUUUUUGAUUUUUGUUCACAUCAGGGGGACAUCAGAUUUGAUUCAAAUGUGUGUGCCAUCUCUUGUGGCAUCCCCCCCCCUUACUGUUUGGUGUCUGUUUAUUAUAGAGCCCAUCAUGAUGUGAGGUUCCAGCCACAUUGCAUAAAAAAAAAAAAAUAAAAAAAAAAAAUAGACAA